AUGCAGAUAUUAUCCAAGGUUCAAAUCAACAUUCCAUUACUGGAUGCAAUCAAGAAAAUUCCAUCAUAUGCCAAAAUUUUGAAGGAAGUUUGCAGCAGCAAAAAGAAGCUUUCAGAUUUGGACAAAGUUAUUUUGACAGAACAGUGCAACGCAGUUUUGCUACACAAACUACCACCUAAGAAAAAAGAUCCAGGGAGUUUUAAUAUUUCUUGCACUAUUGGAAAUUCUAAUUUUAAAAGUGCUUUAAUUGAUUUGGGUGCAAGUAUUAAUUUGAUGCCUUUUUCUGUUUUCCAGCGAUUGGGGCAAGGAGAUUUAAAGCCUACAUCAAUUAUACUUCAACUAGCUGACCGUUCAAUCACUUAUCCAAGAGGUGUUAUUGAAGAUCGAAUUAUUAAGGUUGAUAAUCUUUAUCUACCGGCAGAUUUUGUGGUUUUAGACAUGGAUGAAGACCUUCAGACACCUAUUAUUUUGGGGAGGCCGUUUAUGGCAACAGCUAGGACCUUAAUUGAUGUGGAAGCUGGAACAUUGACUUUACGGGUUCAGGACCAAUUUGUGGUGUUUAAUUUGUUUGAGGGGGAACUUGAGACAGAUUCUGACGAUGAAGGUGUUCAUGAGUACAUUCACGCAUUGAACAGUCUGCCCACAGUGUUGCCAAAAUUUAGGAAUGUGUACGAGAGUUUAGGGGAGCCCAAACAACCCCUUAAACCAUCCAGACAACAGCCACCAAAAUUGGAGUUGAAGCCUUUACCACAACAUCUUAAAUAUGCAUAUUUAGGAGCUGCAGAGACGCUGCCAAUUAUAAUUGCAACAGAUUUAACACACACCCACAGAAGAGGAUAA